UUCGAGGCCAUGGGCCUCAUGCCCGAGCUGCAGAUGGGCGUGGAAGAAAUCGGCUACCUGCUGCCGACGGAGGUGCAGGACGAGGCCAUCCCUCUCAUCCUCGGCGGCGGCGACGUCAUGGUCGCGGCGCCGACGGGGAGCGGGAAGACGGCGGCCUUCGCGCUGCCGAUCCUCGAGCUCGUCCACGAGAAGCUGCGCGAGGGCGAGCGCACGGGCGGGCCCGCGCGCGCCGCGCCCGCCGCGGCCGCGGGCCCGCCCGCGCUGAGCAGGGAGGACCGCGACCAGACCAUGGCCAUCUCCGACGACGGCGCGACGUGCCAGUCGCGGAGCGAGCGCUGGGCCGGCGCGCGGGCGAACUGCGGCGCCCGGGGCAACGGCGUCGUCUACUACGAGGUCGCGGUCGAGGACGAGGGCCUCGUCCGCGUCGGCUGGUCGACCGUCGCCGCGAGCUACGACCUGGGCACGGACGCCAAGGGCGUCGGCUACGGCGGCACGGCGAAGAAGAGCCACGCGCGGAGCUUCGAGGCCUACGGCGAGACCUACGGCAAGGGCGACGUCGUCGGCUGCUGGCUCGACCUCGACAGCGGGUCGUGCGGCUACACGAAGAACGGCGCGGACCUCGGCGCGGCCUUCGCGCCGCUGCCGGCGAACCUCGCCAAGGAGUGGCUCUACCCCGCCGUGGCCAUGCGCAACGCCCAGUGCUCCGUGAACCUCGGGGCGGCGCCCUUCAAGCACCCGCGCGCCGGCGCCGUCCCUUUCGCGGCCUUCGCCGGCCUCCGCUACGCCGCGCCCAAGGCGACCGCGGGCGCCUUCGAGACGUCGAAAAAGUCGAAGAACGGCGGCCGCGGCGUGUCGGCCAUCGUGCUCGAGCCCGCGCGCGACCUCGCGGAGCAGACGCACCAGUGCUUCGAGGCGUACGCGAAACACGUGACCGGGCCGUCCCUGAACUGCGCGCUGCUCAUCGGCGGCGUCAACACGAAGGCCGCGGAGACGGCGCUGCGCAACGGCGACGUCGACAUCGUCACGGGCACGCCGCUGAAGAUCUGGGAUUUGGUCAAACGGGGCGUCGUCGACUGCGAGAGCAGCUGCCGCUUCUUCGUGCUCGACGAGGCGGACCGCUUCAUCGAGACCGACGACACGGAGACGUGCCUGAACAUCUUCCGCAAGCUGCCCCAGGGCGCGGCGCCGGGCGCCCGCGACAAGCGGCUCCAGGUCUGCUUCUUCUCCGCGACGCUCCACAGCGACGAGGUCAAGCAGCUCGCGGCCAAGGUCUGCGAGUCGCCGACCUGGGUCGAUUUGAAGGGCGAGAGCCACCUGCCGGACACGGUGAAGCACGUCGUGGUCCCCGUGGACCCGACGGGCGCGGACCCGGCGGUCCUGGAGGCCAAGACCUACGAGCCGCCGGCCCACGUGCGCGGCGACGCCAAGAGCACCUACAGCCCCACGCCCGACGCCUGCUCCGAGGUGCUGAAGCUCGCGAAGCCCGCCCUGCUCGUGAAAUUGAUCGACGCGCUGAAGAUGGACCAGGUGCUCGUCUUCUGCCGGACGAACCUCGACUGCGACCUCCUCGAGCGCUACCUCGUCGGCCAGAGCGGGGGGCAGAAAUUCAAGGGCAAGCGCGACAGCGGCAAGGAGGGCGCCUACAGCUGCUGCGUCCUCGCGGGCGCGCGGUCCAUGGACGAGCGGCGGAAGAACUUGGAGGCGUUCAAGGCCGGCGACGUGAAGAUCCUCGUCUGCACGGACGUCGCCGCGCGGGGCAUCGACGUCACGGGCCUGCCCUUCGUCGUGAACAUGACGCUGCCGGACCUGCCGGAGAACUACGUGCACCGCAUCGGCCGCGUCGGGCGCGCGGACAAGGUCGGCCUCGCGAUCUCGCUCGUCGCGACGGCGAAGGAGAAGGUCUGGUUCUGCCAGAAGGGCAAGAAGCCGCCCCAGAAGGACACGCGCCCCUACGACGCCGGCGGCAACUGCGUCUGGUACGACGAGCCGACGCUGCUCGCGGCCGUCGAG